CGCAACAACGCUUCCAGUCCUGCAGACGAAUCCACUAUCAAACUAUUUAGCGGUGCACAGCACUGAAAACAGCAGUCCUUCAGUUAAAAAAGGAGCAUCAGGAACACAUUUAACCAACUUUCACACAACUAAGGAUGACAGAUCGAGCAAACAACUUCCCCCCUUUGCCGAAGUUUCUUCGCAUAAAGCCAUGUUUUUACCAGAACGUGGACGAGGAUAUUCCACAACCCCACCGCCAGCUUGUGCGCCGUGUUUACAACCUUUGGAUGUUGUACUCUAUCACACUGUGUGUUAAUGUGGUAGCCAGCAUAGCCUGGUGGGCCGGAGGGGGCAGCGCAGUUAACUUUGGAUUUUCACUCCUCUGGCUACUUGUUUUCAGCCCGUGUAGUUACACCUGCUGGUUCAGGCCACUCUAUAAAGCUUUCCGGGCUGAUAGUUCAUUCAACUUCAUGGCAUUCUUCUUCAUUUUCUUCCUGCAAUGUGUACUUACUUUCAUCCAGAGUAUUGGAAUAUCGGGUUGGGGUGCAUGUGGUUGGAUUGCCACAGUGAUGUUUUUCAGCACAAACGUGGUCUCUGCUAUAUUCAUGCUCAUCGCUACUCUGCUCUUUACUGUUGUUGCUGUUCUCAUGGUGCUUGUUCUCAUCAAGGUUCAUCGGCUGUACCGUGGUGGUGGUGGCAGUUUGGAGCGGGCCCAAGAAGAGUGGAGCACAGGCAUGUGGAAAAGCGCCCCUGUGAGAGAAGCAGGAUUCAAUGCCAUCUCUGAAAGUGGCCCAAGCCUCCCUCAGUAUCCUGCUGCUGUGCCCAAUUACCCAGAGAGCGGACCCUGGUGAUACCGCUGUUGAACUAUAGAUGGAGACAGAGUGCCACUUGUUGACUUAACCUUAAAGGGGCAGUAUGUGAAAGAAUGUUAGGAUGGAAAAAACACUAACACACAGCUGGAUCAGUGACUGUGAUGAUAGUUUUUUUUUGUUUGUUUUUUCUUUCACAUUUGUAUAUUACAGUUUUUUUAAUAUAGCAAAAAUAUGUACUAAUCUAAUAUUGAUAACAUCAGCACUCCUCAAAGAAUCCUAGGUAUAAACAUAAGAAAGAACAUUUAAAGGGAUAGUUCACCCAAAAAUGAAAAUUCUCUCAUUAUUUACUCACCCUCAUGCCAUCUGAGAUGUGCAAGACUUACUUUCUUCUGCAGAACACAAAUUAAUAUUUUUAGAAGAAUAUUUCAGCUCUUAUACAAUACAAGUGAAUGGUAACCUAAAGUGUUAAGCUCCAAAAGCACAUAAAGCAAUUGAUUUGACUCCAGUUGGGUAAUCCAUGUCUUUUGAAGCAAUAUGAUAGUUGUGGGUGAGAAACAGAUCAAUAUUUAAGUCCUUUUUUACUAUAAGUCUUUACCUUUGACAUGCCUCCACCAGUUGGUGGUGAUAUGCACAGAGAAUGUGAAUAACCAAAACACUAAUGAAGACAAAUGUGAAAGUGGAGAUUUAUAGUAAGAAAAAAAUGACUUGCAUAUGUAUCUGUUUCUCAACCACAGCUAUAAUAUGGCUUCAGAAGACAUGGGUUAAACCACUGGAGUUGUAUGGAUUACUUUUAUGCUGCCUUUAUGUACUUUUUUGGAGCUUAAAAGAUUUGGUCACCAUUCACUUGCAUUGUCUGGACCAACAGAGCUGAGAAAUUAUUCAAAAAAUCUUCAUUUGUGUUCUGCAGAGAAAAGAGUCAUACACAUCUGGGAUGGCAUGAGGAUGAGAAAAUGUUCAUUCAACACUUUGAAACCAAUUUUCCUGAUUUAAAAAGAAGUUCAUGGAAUAUUUGAGUGAAAAUUGUCAAAUUUUGGCUGAAACAUCCUGUUCAGCAAACUGCUCCUUUAAAGCCAUCUCAACACAUUUGUUGAAAUGUUAGUAUAUAUAUAUAUAUAUAUAUAUAUAUAUAUAUAUAUAGAAAAAAGUAUCGUUGGGACAUUGUAACAUUAAAGUACAUAAUGAUGAAAGGUAGAGAAUGUAAAGCAUGACACAUCAUGAAUUAAUCUCGAUUCUUCGAAGCAUCAUUAAGGUCUUGAUUUUUUGUAAACAUUCCAUUAAUUUGUUAAGAGAAUGAAAUUGUUACAUAUCAAAUGAUUACAUCCACUAUGAACAUAUAAAUCACUUUACAGCACACAAUCACAUUACCGUUUUAGGGAAAGUGAUUUUUGACUGAGGAAAAAGCUUUGGAUUCUUUUCUAAUUCAUGGCAGCUUUUCUAUUUACCUCAAGAAAUUAGGUCUCGCAUCAUUUCAAUAAGUUUUCUGCAUUGAUUUUUACUUUUGUUCAAUAUUUGCUCAGAUUUUUAAUAUUCAUGAAUGUAAAUUGAAUGUCUUUGUAAAUAUGAUUUGCAUAUGACACACUGUUUUUAUGCACUGCAGCAAAGCAUUGCAGAAAUCCAGUUUUUCCUCUAACUGACAAAGUCAUGUUGCAAAUUCAUUUUGUGCCUUCUCUCUUUUCUGUUUCUUCAAAAUGAAGACAGCCUUAAAUUUUCAUUCAUAAUAAGCAUGUGAAAGCCAAUAGCUUUCAAGUUUGCUGCAAGUGCUUAAUGCUGUUGCUUCUAGAUGUUUUUCUUUAUCCUUAUGUUUCAUCUCACUGAUUUCAUUGUGCUUCGUACUGGAACAUUGUGUUUACAAAUGUGGCUGGUUGGAGUCACAAGACACUUAUUGUCAAUAUGUGACUUGAUCUUUGCUCCUUUUUGUUCUUCUAGAUCUUCCACUACAGAGCCAUAGGAGGAGCCAUGUUUGAAUUGAAACAUUCUAUGACUGCACCUCGGUGUUGCCAAUGUAUUUAAUAUUCUUGUAUAUGCAUCUGAAAUGUGACCGGAAUGGCUCUUUAACUAACUGCAGUUAAAUA